AUGGCUCUUUUCAGACUCCUCUCAUGCCUUGCCUUUGCGGCCGCAGCCCGUGGUUGUGGCAUCCCAGCUAUCACUACCGUUAUGCCCAUCUCCGCACGGAUUGCAAAUGGUGAGGUGGCAGCCCCAGGAUCAUGGCCUUGGCAGGCUUCUAUCCAGGAUCGCAGUGACUGGCAUUUUUGUGGUGGAUCCUUGAUUCAAUCCCAAUGGGUGAUUACCGCUGCCCAGUGCGGAGUGAGAGCAAACGAUCAUCGAGUAAUCCUUGGGGUAUCUGACAGAAACUUACAGCUACAGGAUGGUCAAAUUAUGGAAAUUAGCAAGGUGAUCGUUCAUCCUCAGUACAACCCAAAAACAAUGUCCUAUGAUAUGGCCCUGCUGAAGCUGGAGAUGCCUGUUACAGUGAAUGACCACGUGUCCACAGUGUGUCUCCCCACAGCAACAGACCUCUUCCCAUCAGGGAUGUUCUGCACCACAACCGGGUGGGGAUUGACAAACCCUAACGAUAUUGGUUUGCCAACAAAAUUACACCAAGCAAGCCUACCCCUGGUCUCAAAGUCGGAGUGUGAAAAAAAGUGGGGCUCCUCGUCGAUAAUCUCUGAUGACAUGCUUUGUGCAGGUGGCGCUGGAGCGACCUCCUGUUUGGGUGAUGCUGGUAGCCCUCUGGUCUGUGAAAAGAAUAAUGCCUGGUAUCUGGUGGGCGUUGUUUCCUGGGGUACAGCUUCCUGCAAUUUAAGCAUCCCAGCCGUAUAUGCCCGAGUGACCCAGGCUCAGCCUUGGAUCGAUCAGACUAUAGCAGCUAACUGA